ACCAAAACCACCAUCCCCAAACCAUCUCUCAGCCGCACCACACAAGGCUGACAACCCUUCCUUCAACCCUCAAUCUAUCUCUCCAUCCAUGAAAGCCCAACCUCAAACCCUUCCACUCAGCUCACGGCCCGGGCCCCCGAUCCCACGGCAUGCCCGACUCCCUCAACGUAAUCGCCCUCAUCUCCGGCGGCAAAGACAGUUUCUACUCGCUCCUCCACUGCCUCCAGAACGGGCACAAGAUCGUAGCCCUCGCCAACCUAUAUCCAGCUCCUCCACCCAAUCAAGAAGAUGAGCAUGACCUAAAUAGUUUCAUGUACCAAACGGUGGGACACACGGUGAUCCCGCUGUCCGAGCGAGCGCUAGGUAUCCCGCUGUACAGACAGGUGAUUGAAGGGAGCGCUGUGAGGACGGGACGGAGUUAUGGUCCUGUUGAUGGAGAGGGAGAGUGCGAUGAGACGGAAUCGUUGGUCCCGCUUCUGAGGAGGAUUCUGAGGGAGAGGCCGGAGGCGAAUGCCGUUUGUACGGGGGCGAUUUUGUCUACGUACCAGAGGACGAGGAUUGAAUCCGUGGCGGUGAGGUUGGGGUUGGUUCCGCUGGCGUACUUGUGGCAGUAUCCAGUUCUCGAGCCGGGGAGGUCGCAGAGUGGGUUGUUGGGGGAUAUGAGGGGUGUGGGGUUGGAGGCGAGGAUUGUUAAGGUUGCGAGUGGGGGACUCGAUGAGGGGUUUCUGUGGGAGGAUGUUGUGAGUGAGAGAGGGGUGAGCAGGGUGGAGAGGGCGAUGAGGAGGUUUGGAGUUGAGGGGGAUGGGGGUGUGAUUGGGGAGGGAGGGGAGUUUGAGACGUUGGUUGUGGAUGGGCCGAGGUGGUUGUUUAAGGGACGGAUUGAGGUGAAGGAGGAGGAUUUGGAGGUUGUGAGGGAGGGGGGUGGGUCGGCUUGGUUGAGGAUACGGGAUGCGAAGGUGGUGAUGAAGGAUGAGGAGGAGGUUGUGGUGAAGGAGUGUAGGGUACCGAGUUUGCUUGAGCCAAGGUUCCAAGGUGUUUUGGAUGAGGUCUCUAAGUUUGAUGAGACUACUGUUCAGGAAUCUUCUGGAAAAUGGCUUGAGAAAUACACAAACGGUCUAUACAAGCCGUCUUCCAGCUUGGCACUGAAGAAGGUCGACCACACCUUGUUUACUACUGAUCAAGAUGAUCCAGAUCUUGAUAUCGAAGAAGCAUCCAAGAAAGCAAUAACCGACAUACGACAACAUCUCAGUCAAUUAACUCUAGAACCUGCAGAUAUCGUUUUUACACUCAUCAUCCUACGCUCAAUGUCCGACUUUGCCACUGUCAACAAAAUCUACGGCUCCCUCUUCACACAACCAAAUCCACCAGCAAGAGUAACAAUCGCCUGUGGGACACUCCUCCCAACGACCACUGACCUCCUCACUCAAAUCAGAACACUCAAAUCCCCAACUCGAGAUGCGUUACACGUACAAUCUCGAUCUUACUGGGCACCCGCGAAUAUUGGUCCUUACUCCCAAGCAAUAUCCGUCCCUAUCUCUUCAAAUGAGUCAAUAAUGGGAACAUAUAUCGCUGGUCAAAUUCCUCUGGUUCCGCAUACUAUGGCUUUGCCUGAGCUUGUGGAGAGCGGGGAGUUUAUGGGAGAUUUUAAGAGACAGGCUGUGUUGUCUUUGCAGCAUCUUUGGCGGAUUGCGAGGGAGAUGCGCGUUGGUUGGUUUACCAAUGUUGUUGCUUAUCUUCCUUGUUGUGCUGACCCCCAACCCACCACCAUCCAAACCCAAGCCCGGAUCGCCUCUCUCGUCUGGACAUCCAUACACCGCAAACCUCCCGCCGACGCCGACGAUGAAGACAUCGACGUCGACCUAUGGGAAGAUAAAUUCUUCUCCGGGAAACAGGUUCAAGGUGCUACGAAAACGGAGAGGACGUUGCCAGAUUGGGAUAUGGUUGAAAGUCCCUCUCUUGCCGGACUGAAGUCUAUUGUGCCGCCGUUCUUCGCGGUUGAGGUUGAGGAGCUGCCCAGGAGUGCUUUGAUUGAGUGGCAUGCGGGUUUGGGGAUUGUGGGAGGGAGAGUGAAGCUUUAUUGCGAAGAAGAGGAUGGGAAUGAAGAUAAGUGGCGGAUCUAUCAAUGUGUCGUUGCGGAUAGCGUCGUACAUUCGGUGGUCAUGAUACCAUGGGUUGAGGGCAGUGAACGUCGAAGCAGUACUUUCGAGAAGGCUAUUUCUGUGCUUGGUUCACAGGAUGGACAGGCGCAUACAGCGUAUGUUGAUCAUGAGGCAUCAGACAUCAAAAGUUCAAGUUACUGUGGGACGGUUGUACCAUGUCGAAGUAUCUGGGGUGUGAGCGGGGAGGAGAGACUUGCUGCAGUGUUGCUGUUUGAGAUGUCAUGUUAGAGAUGUCUAUGUAACGCGAUACUCUUGGACUUAGUCUGGACGAAUUGUCACUGCCGAUCAAAGGAAAAGAUUCAACCAUGUACAAUACCAUUGCCGCUGAACGGGCAAAUAUCAAAGCUGAGAAAGAGAAU